GAGAUGUAACGUCUAUUCUAUACUUCGUCUGUAGCAUUGCCUGUAAUAUGUAUUCUACUGUAGAAUUUCUGCAUCUUGUUUGUGAUUAUGUGUAAUCAGCAGUUCUAGAAGAAUCAAUUCAUCGAAGUAAUAUGGAAAUUCUCGAAUUAAAAGACGUGAAAUCUAUACCUGAUAUAAUUCACGUUUAUCCAGACAGAGUAAAGUCUGAAGGAACUCCGCUUGUUAUUGACAAUGGAUCGUACAACUGCAGGGUAGGUUGGGCCACGGAAAAAGAACCCCAAUUGAUAUUUAAAAAUCUUAUUGCAAAACCACGGAAAGAGCGCGGGAAAAAGGAUGGGGAACCACAAGUUGGAAAUGAUAUAGCAAACAUCGAAGCUGUGAGAUUUCAGUUGAAAACACAGUUUGAUCGUAAUGUGGUAACACACUUUGAAGCUCAAGAACAAAUAUUCGAUUAUACUUUUACGCACAUGGGAAUAGACACGGAAGGGGUUGUGAAUCAUCCAAUUAUUCUAACCGAAACGUUUUUGAACCCUAAUUACUCUCGAAACCUAAUGGCAGAACUUUUAUUCGAAUGUUAUAACGUACCUUCGAUAGCAUAUGGAGUAGAUUGUUUAUUUUCUUAUCAGCAUAACAAUUGCCCAUCCGAUGGCUUGAUAAUUAACAUUGGAUAUCAUACUACUCACAUAAUACCGAUAUUAGAUGGUAAAGCAGAUCCUAUAAAUUCAAGAAGGAUCAAUGUGGGUGGAUAUCACAUUACAUCUUACAUGCACAGGCUUCUCCAACUUAAAUAUCCUGUACAUGUAAAUGCUAUAACACCAAGCAGAGCAGAGGAAUUAAUACACGAGCAUUCUGUGAUAGCUUUAAAUUAUCAAGAAGAGAUUUCUAAGUGGGCAGAUCCAGAUUAUUACGAUGCAAAUGUAUUAAGGGUACAGUUGCCUUACGUUGCACCUACAAAUGCUCCUGGUUUAACGGUCGAACAACAAAAGGAAAGAAAACGCGAGUUAGCUAGGAGAUUAAUGGAAAUUAAUGCACGAAAACGGGAGGAGAGGUUAGCAGAAGACGAGGAACAAUUAAAUCAAUUAUUAGCAGUUCAGGAUUUACUGGAAGAAGGUGAAACAGAUGAAUUUGACCAAGCCUUGAAGAGCUAUUCCCUCGCAAACGAAGCAGAUUUAAUAAAAAUGAUCAACAAUCUGCAAGCAAAAGUGGAAAGAACUAGGCAAAAAAUAGUGGCUGCCAAUUCGCAAGAAGAAAAUAUUGUAAUGGAAGAGCAGAAACCAAAAAUAAAGUCGAGCCUGCAACCUAAAGAUCAGCAAGAUUUUGACGAAUGGAUAGCGGGUGUAAGAAAGAAAAGGCAAGAGAUAUUAGAAAAACGUAUGGCCAAAAGGCAACGAAGACAGGACAUGGCGAAACGUAGAACAGUAGCCGCGCAGGAAAGAAUGCGUAUAAUUAGUCAGUUGGCGAGGAAGGAAAAACGCGAUGAUGAUUUUGGUAUGAGAGACGAAGACUGGGACGUUUACAAAGUUAUAAACAGGGAAGGUGGGGAUUCGGAUUCAGAGUUAGAGCAAGAGAAGCUUUUAGAGCUUGAGGAUGUGUUACGACAUCACGAUCCAGAAUUCGAUGGAGCUGGGUCAAAUGUUCCCAUGGUACCCGGGGAAACUCACCAAUUACACGUGGGGGUGGAACGCCUAAGGGCUCCAGAAAUAUUGUUCCAACCGUCUUUGGUAGGUUCCAUGGAAGCGGGCAUCGCUGAAACAAUCGAAUUCGUUUUAAAACUGUACCCACCUGAGCAACAAUUGCGACUGGUGGGAAACAUAUUCCUGACCGGUGGUCCAACAACUUUCCCUGGUUUGUUAGAAAGACUGAAUCGCGAGCUUCGCGAAAUGAGACCGUUUGGUUCGAAUUUUCAAAUAAAUAUUGCAAAAAACAGCAGCAUAGACGCGUGGUACGGCGCAAGAGAUUUUGGCCUUAACGGAAAUCUUCCUGAAUAUUUAGUAAGUAAAAAGGAGUACGAAGAGAAAGGCGGUGAAUAUUUUAAGGAACAUUCGACGAGUAACACUUACACCCGAUCUCCCGAUCCCCUGCCAAUAAUACAAGUACCUGUGACGUCGGAACAAAUCAUCGUCGAGGACGCUGUUGUCGACGUUGAAAUGGAAUAACAAAAUACAAAGAAACUUAUGAAACUUCGUUACGAAAUAAACUUUACUGGAAGCAGGGUUAAUAUUUGCUAUUAAUUUUAUUUGCUCCGUCCACGCGAACGAGUAGAAAAACACAAAGAUUUUUCAUGGAUAUCUACUUUAUUACACAAGUGUUUCCGUUUGUUCAUUCGAUUUACGAACAAACUACAUUGUAGUCUGUUUGCUGAUCACAAUACACAGUCCCCGAUCGUCGCAUUUCGCCAUUCAAAGAUAAUUAUGCGGAUACAUUCUGUUUUACUUUUCCCUUGCUCGUCGUAAACAGCCGACGUCCGCAUGUUUGUAGCUCCUCGAGCAAUCUAAAAAACUGAGAAAGUGAUCCCUCACCUCAGCGGUAGAAUUUACUACAGCGACCUCGAGAUAAUUCCUCCCACUUUCGGUCCAUGGCUUAAGUUAACAUCACAAUACAGUAAUAUACUGAAAGAUAUUACGAAGAAGCCCUACAGGCAAUCAUUACAGCUAAUAUAAAUGAUCUUUGCGUGUUUCGUCUAAUAAAGGAACAUACCGUACGGAAACUUCGAGCCGUUCACAUGACACAGCAUGUAAGAAAAAAGAAGAGAGGAUUAGUUUAAAAAAAGAAAGAAAAAAACGUAAAUCCUUAAGAUCACAAGCGCACAGCGUUUGUUACAUAUAUAUAUAUAUAUACUAUAUAUAUAUUUGUUAAAGCACUCGAUGACACUCGUUACAUUUGCCUUUUCGUACUCCGAGUACUCUCUUGUCUCUUAUCACAUGCGGUUACAGAUAAAAUUACAAGUAUUAGCGUAAUUGCAUACUAUGUACGAUUCAAAGAAAAUGUAUUAACUCAUGUCCUUCGUCUUCGCGAUUCUCUCCGAGGAAACGUGUAAUCCGUAAAUAUACAUCGUCGUUAUACGCGAAUAUCGUAAAAGCAAAGUAUUUUAUUUCCUUUUGUUUUAAUAUUAUAACGUACAUAUGUACACAUACUGCGCUACGUAGCGUUCGCGACGAUAGCAACAAAGCUCGUUACAAAAAUUAAAUUUAAAAAGUCUUACUAAUCUCGACAACAGUACCGAACUAUACAACACUGUCCUCGAACCGUGCGUUCGUUUCUUUCCCUCGAUCGAACGACCAACGGUCGCGACGAGCUUAAAAAACAUUCGGGCGAAAGUAUCUCGCUAAUAAAAAUCCAAUCGGAAACGCGUACAGAGACAUUUUUCGCUUUUUUGUUUUUUCCCCCAAACUGUCGCCGAUCGAUGAUCCAACGUUUCACAUAAUACAGCAGAUUCUUAAUCGAAAUAAUAUCCUUUGUAACUAUCACAGGCUGAGGUCGCUGCAGUUUCUUUUUAACGAUUCUCACUAGUUUAAUAGUAAUAAUAGUAGCAUUUUUAACCGAUCGAAGGUGCUUUACUUUAGCAGAUAAUGGAAGGAUAGAAAAGUGCGCGGGACACCUCGUUUGUUAUUUUUUUUUUGUUCGUUAUAAGAAUAAUAGUAACAAUAAUAAUAAUAAAAUUGAGGUAGAAUCCAAUCUGUGAAAAAUAAGAGUACGGUUUUCUAUCUGCCCGUGCUAAGAGUGAGGAUCUACUUUCAGCAAUGAUAAUAUAUCAUACGCUAAUUAAAAUUAGACACGGUUUCAAUAUGUUCUUGUCGCGAUGAUUACCAUAAUAUUAAUAAUAAUAAUGAUAAUUAAUAACAAUAAUUACAAUGUUUUUUUUUUCGGUAAAAUAAUAGUAGCAGUAAUGACAAUAGUAAUUUAAAAUAACCAUUAAUACAACAAUGAUUAAUGUUCUGCAAUAUAAUGGCUUUAUGUAUAUAUAUAUAUACAUAUAUAAAUAUAUAUAUAUUUUUUAAUGUAAAUUUAUAUAUAUAUAUAUAUUUAUAUAGUCGUAUGGUGGGGCAGAGGGUAAGUGACAGCUAUGUACAGUACAUACUUGCCUUAGUUGUACCAUCGUUACGUUUACAUGUACCUAUUACUCUUAAUAAUCAUAAUAUGAUGACGACAAUAAUCAGAAUCAGAAUCAUAAUUAAUCCAUAAUAAUCGUAAUAAUAUUAUUAUCGUUUAAUCAUAAAAUACUCUAUAUCGCGUGUAUCGUAAUAAUAACUACAUAGGUAUGCAGUAUGUACGUAAAGAGGAUGUGUUCAACCAGGAUAUGUCGGUGAAAACUAUGGUGUAUCAAGCGUCAACUUCUUUUUUUUUUUUCUCAUAUGUGUAUACAUAUAUAUAUAAUAUAUAUAAUAUAUCAUUCACUAUCAUAUAUCGCUUUUUUUCUUUUCUUCUCAGAACUACUGUUACAAAAGUGCGUACUCUCGUCUUAUGUUUAUAGGUACAUACAUGUAUCGGCGUGACCUACCUACUUGUUCAUUGUCGUUUAUAUUAGAUCUGUAGCUUUAAUUAUUCGUUUGCAGGAUGCAGCGAAAACAACGUCGCAACCGAGGAUCCAGUAAUGUUUCACUGUAAACGAAUUUCACGUGAAUCGUUCGGUUCGUAGCAGACAACUUCGAGCACAAACGGUUUCAGGUUACUGCCGUGUUCGUGAACGAGGCAUAACAAGGUCGCGGAUCACUGGAGUUUGAGAAAAUGUCAUUUGAUCCCCGACCUUCUUUUUACGUUCCACGUUCCUAAAUAGACAAAAAUACUGUUUCUACAAAGAUAUCCAAUAGAAGACCCACAAAUCACGGUUAAACGUGUUUCGACCUUUCGGUUUCAAUAUACUCGACCGACGCGACAUAACCACCAAACGACGAAUGCUAUAUUUUUAUUUGUCCAUUAGCAAUGAUUCUUUUUCAGCGUUUAACGAACCAUUUUCAAGACUACGUAGGCCAGAAGCGAUAUAGGCCAUGCAGUCGGUUCAGACUGCAGGGUAUCCUGGCAUAAGAUUUGCUUGAAAAUGGUGUGAUACAAACGUAGCAAUAUAAUUUCACGGCGUGUCGCUGGCGACACUCGAGGCUCGAAGUGACUCGCGUCCGAGUCUAUGAAAUACGAUGCAUCCGACGAUGGUCAACGUGUUAAUCGAGACAAAUCUUUGGUAUUUUUAGCCAAGAACAUAGCGUGCUUUGGUUGCAUAUCGACACGUUCUUUUAUUCUAUUUUUAUUGCAAAUCGAAUCCCCCAGCUUUGAAUGAAAAAUUUGUAUCUUCGAUCUUGUUUCUCUUUUAUGAAAAUGUUAUGGCGACCAUCAACUGCAGCGUAAUUUUCUCUGCAUCCUGUAGACUUUUCUUAAACGGAGCUCUACAAUAAUCCUCUUGUUUAAUGUCGCACUCACACGCACAUGCGUGUGUAACAAGCAACCACGCAUCGUUUUCGCACACUCACGCAAACUCGUUCGUAUACAUACAUACAUACACACGUUCCGUGUGUUGUGUGUGUAUAUAUAUAUAUAUGUAUAUAUCAUAUACGUAUAUGACACAGUACUUUCUACGCAUCGACGGUAUGUAUAUAGGUAUAUCUUAUCAUUAUCGUCGUAUCGUAUCAGAAUCUUUUGUUCCUCCAAUAAUUAUUCCACUUUUAUCCCCCCCCCUCUUCCCCCUUUACUUGUUUUAAUUUUCUUCUCUUUAGAGAAUUGUGAUCUUGCUCUUUCUCAAUAACAACGCGAAUUACCACACCGCGAGAGUCCGAUAACGAAAACCCAUCUCUGAGAAAAGGUCGACGACACGCAAUUCAGGACUUGCUUUUCUUUUUUUUCAUUUGCUCCUUAACUAAAAACUUUUAGGCACCGUUCAAAACUCGACCUGAGGAAACAUAUUAGCAAUAAAAAAUCUUACGCUUGUACUUACGGCCUAACGAAGCCAAUCGAUCUUUUUCCAUUUCCCUAUUUUCCGUUUUCUAGCACCCCGUUUAUAGACCAAACGUGUGUACUUGUGUGUAUGUGUGUGUGAGUGUGUGUGUGUGUGUGUGUGCAAUAGAUUUAACGAUAACCUGCCCUCUAUCGACCAAAACAUGAAAACACGGACCGGGGAAGACGUUCGAAACGAAGAUCUCAUGAGACGAAACGUGCGAGAGGCAUGCAACCUUACAGUUUCGUUUAUAAAAAUAUUUGAAGUUUUCGAACAUUAAAAAGAGUUUUGAUCGAUGGUUGCAAGUGAUUAUAAAUGUCGAUUAGAAUUGUAACAAUUCCAAUUGACAUUUAUAAUCGCAUAACUAUUUGGAACCAACGGUCGAAACUCUUUUGAACGAAACGUAUGCGACGUAGAGAUAUCCAACGUCCUUCGCUUAUCACAUAACUGCACUUUAUUUCCUUUUGACUCGACAGUAGCGAUGGGACCGAUCCAAUGACAUACUCGUUAAGACCGAUACGUAUAAAUCACGGUGUAACAAUGGUAGACGCGUAUAAAAAACGCCGUAACUUGUAACAAAGUAUCAAACUCGAUGCAAUUGAUACUUAUCGAUACGACAGCCUUGAACCGUUCGCAAUUGUUCCAUUCGGUUGAUAGAUUACAAGAGAAAUAAUUUUUGACAUCGAUUAGUCGAUAGUACUUAGAAACGUUUCAGUCCCAUCAUUACUCAACAGCUUUACAUUAAUUAUUCAUUAUUAAUGGCAUCAAGGUGCGUAUACUAUAAUUACUUUAUUCUCAGCGUGGCUGUUUGACGCAAAAAUGGCGCUACUGUUCCACGACGGCCCUCUUAACCACGGGACACGGUGUCUAUUAUCCGUUCACGUAACAAAGGAACACAAUAAACAAAAUCACAUGACUGUCGCAGAGUCGUAUUAACCGGGAUCUCAAAUGAGUAAAAACACGAUAAAAUCUGUCUCGAUGCAGCCCUGGCCGGAACAAUGUGUCGAUACACUGGACCAAUCAUACGAUCCGUCGUUAUAACCUUGUUUCAGCCUGAACGAACAAUACACACUUUUGUCCUCGUUUUACAACGUAUAACGUACGAAAACUGUCCCGAGUCAAAAGGUUCGCCCAGAAAUUCGUCCGAUUCAUUCAACGAAAAGCAACGAUCAACGAAAGAAAAAUCACGUGUAAUACUGUCGUCUGCGCGUCUCGCGCGUCGCUGCGACGAUAAUCGAGAGACGAGAAGGGAAACUCGGAGGGUAAAAAUUGUCGUAGAAGCGACAGGCGAUCGACGGACGACGCUGUUCCCGCGGAGAAACGUUUCAUUAUUUUUUCGCGUUUCUGUUAUUGCUGUUUUUCUCCCCCUUCUAAAGUGCAACGACCGGGUUCGGCCCGACCAGAUUUCACAGCGUAUUACGCCGUCCAUAAUGAAUUAUGGAUUACAGUACCUCCCGGAUAACUGACCAAAUUUGAAAAUAAAAUUCGUUAUACUUUUCAUUAUAUCUUCGCGAGAGUACUAUCAAUGGCUUGUUAACAUUUUCUUAUCGAAUAUGAGUCCAAACACGACCUCGUUUGGACAAUUUUUAAUUACUCGAAUUUUAAAUUUCUCUUGAACGAUUCAAAGAACGUAUAAUUAAAAAUAGUCUCAUCAUGGUCGUGUUUGGACUCGGGAAGAUCUCGUAAAUCCAUUGGUAACGGUCUGGCGAAGAUGGUAAAAAUAUGAAUAUAAAUUUUCAUCAAAGGUUAACUUGUACCGUUUAGCACUGUAAGUUAGGUUAACUUUCCCCGUCUCAGUUCGAGGUCGAAGAAAAGGUCGAUUCCUGGAAGCAAAUGGCUAACUUUUACGGGCAACCGAACGCGAAUGGAUUCGCGAUCAAUUAUCCGGGAGACGCGCGCGUUACACUCUCGCGAAAUCGUUGCUUCGUGCGUUGAAACGACGUAACGCGUGGUCGAAAGUAAAAGCUAGUGCUGGAAGUGCGUGUCUUCUCGCGUGUUGUAUCCCGUUGCGUUGGAAUCCGCGAAUCCCGUGAAAUCUUACCACUAUUUUUAUACGCAGGCCUCUACAAGACUUACGGUAGCACGAUAAACCUCUAUAAAAAUAAGAGCUAUCCUACGUAAACGUAUUACAAAAAUAAAUGGCAUUGUACUCUGCUAAAGAAGCAAAAUGGUACAGGCGCAAUGUCGAACGACGCGAGCAUCGUUUAUAAUCUUCGACUCGUCCUCUUUUCUUUCGCGC